AUGUCGGCCUUACCGAGACUAGGGAGGCUUAUGGCUUCACGCACCGCCCUUUUCGUCUGUGAUAUACAAGAAAAGUUUCGGCCUAGCAUUUCACAUUUUAAUGCCAUCACUAGUGUCUCUGGGCGUCUUAUUGCUGCCGCAAAAAUGCUUGAAAUGCCUAUCGUCGUGACUGAGAUGUACCCCAAGGGACUUGGCCAAACCGUUGAGGAUUUGGGUGACCUCUCGGGGAUCCCGGUCAUUCCCAAGUUGUUGUUCUCCAUGAUCACGAAGGAAUUGGAGUCGGUGAUAGAGUUAAAGAAGGACAUAGACUCAGUCAUUCUCUGUGGUAUGGAGACACAUGUCUGCGUUCAACUCACUGCACUUGACUUGCUGGAGCGUGGGAUCGAUGUGCACUGCGUGGCAGAUGCCGUCUCCUCUCGCUCCAUGGUGGACAGGAUGUUUGCUUUGGAACGCAUGCGCCAAUCAGGUGUCUUCGUGACCACUAGCGAGUCAAUCAUAUUGGGUCUUGUGGAUGGAUCCAAGCACCCACUCUUCAAAAGUCUCCAAAAGCUCAUAAUCCCCAAAGCACCCGAUAGUGGUCUCCUGUCACCAAAGGACGAAGAGCACAAGCCAUGA